GCGCCCGCAAAAACAUCGUGCAGAGUCCUAGCUCCUGGGUCUGCCAAAUUUGUCUUGUCUUUCCGGACCCGAGGCCAAAGCCGCAAACAUGCUGCGCCAGAUCCUCGGUCAGGCCAAGAAGCACCCGAGUUUGAUCCCUCUCUUUGUGUUUAUUGGAGCUGGAGCUACUGGAGCUGGACUGUAUAUCUUGCGUCUGGCAUUGUUUAAUCCAGAUGUCAGUUGGGACAGAAAGAACAACCCAGAACCAUGGAAUAAACUUGGUCCCAAAGACCAAUAUAAGUUCUUGUCUGUGAACACGGAUUACAGCAAGCUGAAGAAAGAAGGCCCUGACUUCUGAAUGAAAUGUUUCCCAUAAAGCUGCUUAGAAUGAAGGUCUUCCAGAAGUUAUCCGCACAAUUUUCCACGUAACCAGGAUAUGGUUAUUUCCUAAAUGCACGAAAUCAUGUUGGUGUGUCGUGUUGGGGUUUACACUGAAUAAUAAACAUGUGAAACUUGA